GAGGACUUGUUCCAACUAUUCCAUUCUGCAUCAAACCCAUAUACUUUGCAGAGACUUAAUCUGACUUUGGAGACUAUUUAAAUUUUUUUUUUUUCCUGUUAAGCAAACCUUAAGAAAGGUAAGUGUGCCAAAGUCUUUCUGAUGUAAAUUCAUUAAUAAAAAAAUGUUAAUGUUUUUUACCAUUAAAUGUCAAAUGGUGAUGAAUUGAAAAUAUUUGCAUUGAAAAAAAAACAACAAAUCUUUAAAUUAACUUUUAUCAGCAUGGCUGUUUUGGUCUAUGUUUUGCAAUUCUGUUUUUAAUUUACAAAGCCACUGUUUAGUGAAUAAAUCUCAUAGUGUAUUUUAAACUGAAGUAUGUUAGAGUGAUGCGCAUUGAUCUGCAGAAUAUUUAUCAUGUAGUAGUAGUUUCCAGAGCUUAUCUGAUUGCGUUUAUGGUGUUAAUGCAAAUUGGAAAAUGCAUUGGUUGACUUGUCGUUAAAGAGUUCAAUGAAAAAGGGAAUGUGGCACUGAAAGGAUUAAUGCAAUUGUGAAUAUUUAAUGUAAAAUUAAAGUGAAUAGCAGACUAUUCAUUUUGCCGUUAAUGAUGCUAAAGAUUUAUUGUGAAUUCUGCACAUUAUGUAUGCGUAUACUUCUGAAUGUGAGUAUUACAUUAUCCACUUUUUAAUGGUUAUAUGGUUUAUUAAAUUAUGUUUUAACAUGAAUGUUGGGGUACUUUUCUGCAAGUAGAGGAAACAGCAUGAGUAUUGCGUUGGCUCCAUGGUGAUUGCUGAACUUUUAGAAUUUAGUCCCGGAACUGCUUAACUUACAUAUGCAGUGUUUAAUACAGGGACAGCCUAAUGGUACCCCUCCAUCCCCCUCACGGGUUCUUGUUGAACCAUGAUGCUUUGACAGACUCAAGGCUGGUAAAGCAUCAAGGGAAUUGUAGUCUUAUAAUGGCUACAUUCUGGCUACUCUUUAUUAAAAGACAUUCGCAGCCUUUGUUUCGAUCCUUAGCAUCUCUGAACAUAGCCAAGCAGACUAUUCUAGUUGCCCUUGUUGGUAUGAAGCCAUUCAGGUAACCUUACUAAACAUGGUAAAAGAAGUAGGUAAUGCUAAACCCUGGUGAGGAGAGAAUUACACAUCCCAGAUGCUGGGGCAAGCCAUGUUUAGACAAUGAGGACUAACCUGCCUGGCUACAAUGAUAUGUUGAUGUAAACAUUUGGGAUUUAUGAGCUUUUAAUUUACUGCGUGGAGCCUCUUGUGGCAAACCAAAGAUGCUUCAUUAGACAUCCCUAGUGUUCAGCUCAUUGGAAAACACAGGACAAAUAUAGGUUGGUGAAAAAAUUGCAUCUUCUCUAAUGUGACUUAAAUGUUAAUAAAUAGCAAGAUAAUCUCUCACCCUCCAGGUAUAAGCUCACUGGUGUGCACUCAAAUCUAAAUAGCCCUGUUUAAGGCACCUUGAAAAAAAGGUUAUUAAUAUUUCAAAACACACUUUAUUAUUGGCUGGUCAAUCUUUAGUUUUUUGUUUUUAUAGCAGUGAGUUACAGUGUGAUGAUAAUCAGCUAACAGGAUGUUGACCAAACUCUCUUGGUUGGAAAAAAGUAAAUUUUCUGCAUUUUCAGAAUUGGAUGGUUUUAUUAGACGGGUUAUUUUGGAGUUUAUAUUGUACAAAAAUCGCUGCAGUUUAUUGAUUUGUAGAAUAGAUUCCUCCAAUUUAACUGCUGGGAGACAGUUUAAAGACACCAAGGGAAAGAGUUUGUGAAAUUAGAUCAGUAAUUUACACAUUGAAACAAUGUUUUGAAUGGAACGAUAAGGAAGACUGGUUACGGGUGAUGUGGCAUGGGAUGUUAGGUUACUUUUAGGGAUUUUCUGCCAUAAUAUAGAAACAUAGAAUGUGACGGCAGAUAAGAACCAUUCGGCCCAUCUAGUCUGCCCAAUUUUCUAAAUACUUUCAUUAGUCCCUGGCCUUAUCUUAUAGUUAGGAUAGCCUUAUGCCUAUCCCACGCAUGCUUAAACUCCUUUACUGUGUUAACCUCUACCACUUCAGCUGGAAGGCUAUUCCAGGCAUCCACUACCCUCUCAGUAAAGUAAUACUUCCUGAUAUUAUUUUUAAACCUUUGUCCCUCUAAUAUAACAUCUCUCUUAACACUCUUACUAAGACAUUUUCCAAACAUGCGUAUUUAUGCAUUGAGUACACACAGAUAAUAUAACUGGUAUCUUGAGCGUCAAGUAGGAAUUUACGGAACUAUUCACAUUAAUAUGUCCUUUAUGACUACUUUGCUAUAUUAAGCAAUUUGGAUUUGUGCUGUUAUUUAGCCGAUGUGAAUCACCUUGUUUAUUCCUGUAGGCAGAUGAACUCUUAGUACACUUUAGUAGUAUGGACCUAAUUGCUUUUUUAAAAAACAAAAUUGUACAACAUGCCUGUGUUAAACAAGUUGAAAUCAAUUAUUUAUUUAUUUAUUCAUGUACUGCACCAAUAAUGUAUUUUAACGUUUCUACAGGUUGGAACACCAUGACUUUAAAUGUGACAAUGAGACGAAGUAGCACCACAGUGCAAACACAGCAACGUUGGAGUAUUCCCGCCGAUGGAAGGCAGUACUGUGUACAAAAGAACUCACAUGCACAGCACAACCGCAAAUACACCAUCAACCCAGAGGAGUAUUACCGGCGCAGCUGGUCAUCGGACUCUUCAGACUCUGUCAUUUCCUCCGAAAAUGGGAAUACAUAUUACCGCGUUGUACUAAUAGGGGAACAUAGUGUUGGAAAGUCUACCCUGGCGAGUAUAUUUGCUGGAGUCCCCGAUUCUUUGGACAGUGACUGUGAAAUGUUAAGAGGUACGUAUAGAAUACCUAUCGCUGGUUGAUCCUUAUAUAUCAUUAUCACUAUACAUUUUUAUGCUUUUUAAAAUAUAUAUAUAUACAUAGUUAGCAAUGGUAAGUAGACAACCAAGUUGCAAAUUAAUAAUGCAGAACAAAUUAAUAAUAUAUUUAGUAAACAACCACCACCCCAAAAAAGCAAUACAUACAUAAAAAGAAUGAUGUGCAUUUUCAAACAGAAUACAGAGUUUUGGUAUUAUUUCCAAUUACAAAUAGUCCCUUUCAUUUAAUGUUAUCCCUAACUCUACCCCAUUUAAUGUGUAAGUGGCUUGUGGGUUCCUUAUUCCAAAAUGCAUGACUUUGCAUUUAUCUGUAUUGAAUCUCAUCUGCCACUUGCCUGCCCCAUCCCCCAAUUUAUCCAAAUCCCUCUGUAGAGAAGUUACAUCAUGUCUUUUCUAACCUAAUGUUGUAUCAUCUGCAAACACCAACAAAUGCCUUUCAAUGUCUACUUCAAGAUCAUUCAAAUUAUUUAGAUGGAAGAGAAGAGGACACAGGACAGAACCAUGAGGCACUUCGCUUACCACUUUUGUCCAAUUUGUAAAAAAAAAAAGUGUUAACUAAUGUCAGUGCUCCUAUAUUAGUUUAUCUUCUUGUGUAAGAAUCAGUUUCAUAUUUGUAGAUAUCAGCAUUGACUUUGAAAUGAGUAGAGGAUGUAGAGUUGCCCCUUUGUGGGUAUGUCAUUGUGAUAGUAUGCAUGACUGUGAGGCCAGCAUGUGGAUGGAAUAUCUGUGAUACAAGUAUCACUGAUGACUGUCAGUUCUGAAUGCAAGCUAGGCUGGCUGCUGUGCUGGAUAGCCCCCUUGAGCUACCCCAAAGUGCAGUCCACUAAGGGGAGUUGGAGAAAGGGGGUGUCGUCCAGGAUGUAAAUAUUCACAUUUACAUUACCCAUUGCUCAAUGCAUGCUGUAGUGAUAGGAAACAGCUGUAUAUUGGGGGUUUACAAGCAUGAGCGAGGGGCUGUCACUUAUAUUAGGUCCUGUUGAAUCUUUCACAAUCACAUACAGAGAAUAUGACAGUAACACAGGCAGUGACGUAACUCCUGGCAAAUGGGAGUGCCAGGAGCUUCAGUGGGAAGAUGACACUGCCAAUGGAGAUGAUAACAGCAAUACGUUUUACUUGAAGUUAUCAUUUCAUUGUUCAGAGCUUUCUAAUUAUGACCAAAGAUGUCACCUGUGUGUUUUUUGCAUAAAGCAUGUAUAUAUUUACAUGUACUUCAGGAGAAGUCGUGAUGUUUAUCAGUCGUAUAUAUUUAUAUAUUUUGCAUAUUCCAUUUUUUUAAACAAAUAAAAUUAUCUUUCCAGUAGCCCAAUACACUGUUCAACUUCUUAAAGGGUCACUCUAAGCAGAUCUACUAGUCCAUACCUGUUAAGGUCCAUUUAUUCUACAUCAGCAAAUGUAGGAUUUUCCUUCUUAGUCACCUAGCAGGAAGACAUAUCAGUUUGUAAAUAUUUGCAGUGCCAUCACUUGUGUGUUUGCUGGUGAAUCACGUUCACUUUCUUUUAGUUUCUUCCUGGAAGGCACCCUACUGGCUUUCUAUUAAACAUAAUUUUAAAGGAAAGCACUAUAAUUAAAAAAAAAAAAAAAAAAUACAACAAAAUUCCAUUGCUGCUUGUUUGUUUUUUUUUGUUUUUUUUACAUAAAAAUGCUGAUUGCCAAUAAAUGAAUUACAAUGUGUGUUGAUCAUUUUACAGCCUGUAUUUUUGUGUAACAAAUAAAAGUGAAUAAAUGUCUUUCAUCUCUGACCAAUCAACGGGAAGGAACACUAUAGGGUUAGGAAUACAAAAUGGCCAAUGUUCAGUUCAACUACUGGCAACAUUCUCACUAAUUGUCAUUAAAAUAUUGCUGCAUUGCUGUGUCUGAAGCAACCACACAGCUGUCUGUGAUGCUGGGAAUGCCGUCACUAAAUAGACCACCAAACUGUCAUCCAAAAUAGCUGGAAUGGAAAAAUAACUGAGCCAAAAUAUUAUGACCUAAAUUUGGCAAGUAAAAAAUCAACUAUUCAUACAUUCACUAUUUAGUGAGAAAACCCUUAGGCAUAGAGUAGCUAGCUUUGUUUUAAGGUUACUAUACCGUUAACCACUUAACCAAAGGGUUCAAAAAGUAUGAAUGUCCAUAUAUUCGGUGCACUUCAAUAUCGCUACUUGUUUGUUCAUAAAUGUUCCCACCUGGGCCCUGAAUUGUAACAUUUUUGUCAUCCAACAUCAUGUAAAAUCAACACCUAAAUUAUACAUCCAAUUGAUACACAGUUCUGGAAGCUGGCUACUGGUGCCACUAUGCCAGGGCCGUCUGCAAGGGACUGCUGAAAAAUAACUUUUUUUUGGUCCUUAUCUUAAUUUUGCUUUCCAUUACUACUUAGCUGAAGUGUCUUUGAAACCUAGAGACAGGAUUAGCACCCUACACGCAGUACGUACACACUGAGCACUGCAGUCACAUACUGUACCCAGCUUUCACAUUCUGGCCACAACUUUUUACAUAUUUGUUGCCAGGGGCAAGAGAUGGCUGAAAGUUCUGUGCCCACUGGCACCUGAAAUGUAAAUCCAGCCCUGUAUAUAUACACUGAUCAGCCAUGACUUUAAAACCACUGACUGGUGAAGUCAAUAACAUUGAUUAUAUUGUUACAAUGUCAGGAAAUAUCAGGCAGCAAGUAAACAGUCAGUUCUUGAAUUUCAUGUGUUGUAAGUAGGAAAAAUGGGCAAGUGAAAAGAUCUGAGUGCCUUUGACAAGGACAAAAUAAUGAUAGAUAGACAGAUGACUAGGACAGAGCAUCUCCAAAAAGUCUUAUGGGGUGUAAUUGGUGGACAGAGACUCUGGUGUGGGGGUUGGGUGGUUAAAGUUUGUAAUGUAGGUUAGGGGCUAUAAUGUGGGAUAGAGGCUGUAGUGGGGUAUAGUGGCUGAUGAAUCACAUUUUUCUUUAGAUCAGGUUGCAGUCUGGGUGUGUUUGCAUAAUUUACCUGGGGAAGAAAUGUCAGCAGGAUGCACUAUGGUAAGAAAGCAGGCCAGUUUCUGGGGGUACUUGUCAAAGAAACAACUACAUGAAUGCCAGGACCCAAGGGUUUCCCAGCAGUGUUUUGCUCUGGACAAUGUUAUGCUGAGACAUGUGGAUGUUACUUUGACAAGUACCUCCUACCUAGAGAUUGUUGCCAACCACGUACACCCCUUCAUGGGAGUGAUGUUCCAUGAUGGCAGUGGCCUCUUUUAGCAGGAUAAUGCCCUAUUACACUGCAAGAAUUGUCCAGGAAUGGAUUGAUGAACAUAAGAAAGAGUUCAAGGUGUUGUCUUGGCCUCAUAAUUCCCCAGAUCUCCAACUGAGCAUCUGUAGGAUGUAAUGGAACAACAAAUCCGAUCCAUGCAACCUGCAAGAUCUUAAAGGAUCUUCUGCUAAUGUCUUGGUGCCAGAUACCUUAGGACACUUUCAGACGCAUUAGAGAUGUUUUGGCAGCACGAGGGAGACCUACAUGAUAUUAGGCAGGCACUUUUAAUGUUGUGGCUGAUCAGUGUAUAACCCUCCAGUAAAAUGACAUUAUUUUUUAAAAGAUUAUAUAUUAUUUUUUUGGGGGGGGGAUGCACAAUUAAAUACAAAAUAUAUUUGUCUAUUUGAAUGUUAGAUUAAUUUUAUUUACUAUCUGUGAUUUUUUUUAUUUAAUUUUUUUUUUACAAAGGUAUCUGUCUGUCUUUCUCUCUGUGUAUUUGUCACACUCCGUCUGUCAUCGUAUCUACCAUCUAUCUUAAUGCAUUUUAGUGCAUAGAGAGAAAGCAGUGCUGGGAAUCUGACAACAAAGGACUAAAAAAAUAAGAGCAAUGGAAACUUAAACCAAAACCUCCUCCUCGGGAAUAAAUAGGGUUAACAGUUGUUGCUGCUUUGUGAAGAAAUAUUUUCCAUUACCAAACAAAGUUGGAGUUUAUCAUGAUCCACAUUAGGGCCGCUGCUGUAUUCCAUUCAAAUGAAUAAUCUUUAGAACAUGCGUAAAAUAUACUCUAAUAUGCGGUCUUGGGGUAGAUAGAAAAUCAUACGUCUCCCAGGAGAUGCAGAAUUAAAUCCCCAAUCGCAAAGGGGAAUGGGGGAGAAUAGGAAUUCCUUAUAUAAUUGUAUAUAUAAUGAUGGAUAUGUUACAGUUAGCAGGGGAAUUAAACCAUGUAUAGGGGAUAAAUGAUACCACUAUCGGACAUAAAUGACCCCCUAUUUUGUUAAUUCUAAUAGUAGUAUCUGUUCACUAAACCAGGGACUGUGGGAAAUGUACAAUAUAAAUUACUUUUUCAGGCCUAAAUGGGCAAACUGGAAAUAAAACGUUCUCCAACUUUUAUUUUUUCAUUUAUAAACAUUUUUUUUGUUAUUUAAAAAUUGGCUCUGUUUUAUAAAAUUAUUUUGAUAUACAGUGUGUAAAUAUGGCAUGCCUGUAAUUUAACGGAAAAACCUAAAUAUACCUGCUUUGCUUUACACCUGAAAAUUAGAUCUGUUUUUGUAUGCUAUUAAGAAACAAAAAACAGAAUUGUAAAACAUUUUAUUUUUUUCCCUUUACAGAAAGUACGUAUGAAAGAACUUUGAUGGUAGACGGAGAAAGUGCAACUUUAAUACUUAUCGAUAUGUGGGAAAACAAGGUAUGUUUUCUUACUUUUUUAUUUUAAAGAGUCAAGUUUUAAUUUUCCAAAACAUUGAAGGAUUAUUUUGUUCUUUACUGGUCAAACAAGCCAGACAAAAUAAAACGCUGUUCCAAACUAAUCAUGCUCCGAGUACAGUUUUUAUUUCAUGGUCCCAAAUUAGCCAGAGGAAAAUGCAUCCAAAUAUUUCUCAUGCUUGAUUGUUUGUUCAGAAAAGCUUUUAUUUUUUAGACUGUGAAUAAAACCUUUCAGGGCAAAAAAUAUUUCAUGUGUUACUCUAUGCGGACAACUUAAAAUGGUUUCCAAACACAGGUCUAUAUUUAAGCAAUAAAGGGUUUAUUCACAAAUCAAACAAAUAAAAAUUGAGGGUCACCAGAUAACUCACAACAAAUAGCCAACAACUUAUUUCUAGAUUUGUAAUUGUAUCUUGAAGUGCAUUGUUUACUACGUGCUGGCAAGGUCUCCUCCUCUGCGACAUGACGUAGAUGGAGAAACCUAGUGGGCAUACGCAACGAGCACUGACGAGCACUGAGCACGCAUUAAAGCUUCCUCUUUGGAAAACAUUGGCUCAAUGCUUUCCUAUAAGGAAACUGAAGACGUUAAAUGUACUCAUGCAAAGCGUGAGAAAGUCCAGUGUUGUUUCAUCAAGCUAAACUCCUUUUGGGAGCAGGAAGCACCUCUAGUGGCUGUCUGGAGAAUAUCUGGAGACAGCCACUAGAGGUGGAUUUAAAACUGCAAUGUAAACAUUGCAGUUUCUCCGAAACAGCAAUGUUUUCAAUUACAGGAUUAAGGGGACAGGGACAGUGAACCCAGACAACUUCAAGUGAAGUGGUCUGGGUGCCUGCAGUGUCCCUUUAAUAAUAUUUGUUUAGUCAAAAUAGUUGGAAGAAUCUUCCAUCACAGCUAUAUUCAUAGCUUGGCUGUUUAGUCUAAACAUUUUAGUUUUGUUUUUUUCAGUGAGUGUUACAGGAUUUUUGAUGCCAUUUAUUUAAUCUAUUGUACAUUUUGUUCCUAAGCAAAUAAAAAAUAAACAGCAUAAAUAUUCUGCAGAAAAAUGAACCCAUAAAAAGGUGCUAAAACCAAAAUAAAAAUGUAAAUGUCUAUAAAAUGUCCAAAAGUGUCUCAAUAAUGAUGAUCUACUCGAUAGAAUAAAAGCCAAAGGUUAUAAGAUCCGCUGAUAAAAACAGGAUGUAGUGCUUUUCAUAAAACCAAGAGGUUUAUUUAACACAAAAACGAACACUUACAAAAUCCUAAAUGGGUACAGGCAUCUCAGGAGUACAACACUCCUUAAGUAUAAUCCAGAUGACAGCAGAUCAGCAGUCUGGUAACUAACAUGUAGAGUGCUUGCUUAAAGGAAUACGAUAGACAUCAAUAUACUAUAGGCAACAGCUUUAGCUUAAUGAAGCAGUUUUGGUGUAUAGAUCAGGCCCCGUUAGUCUUAGUGCUCACUUCUCAGUCAUUUAGGAGUUAAAUCACUUCUGCUUCUGUCUGUGCAGGCUUAGACUCACUUCCCUUGGCUGUGAUUUUCAAUCAGAUGUUAACUUGUUUUAUAAAUUUUUACCUCCUGCUCUGUAAAUUGAACUUUAGUCACACACAGUUGGCUCCUGUAGGGUCUAGAAUGCCUGUAACAGAGCAGGAGAUUAUACAUUCUAAAUUAAACAGAAUGUGCAAUAAAGGAUGUUUAAACAUUACACAUCUCUUUACAGAAGUGUUUAGAAAAGCUGUAUAACUAGUUGUGCAUAAACAAAGUGAUUUAACUCCUAAAUUGCAGAGAAUUAAGCAGUGAGACUGCAGGAGCAUGAUCUAUACACCAAAAAAAUAAAAAAAUAAAUUAAGCUAAAGUUAUUUUGGUGCCUAUAGUGUCUCUUUAACGCUGUCUCUGCCUGGGCGUACGUUUCAACAGUGACCACCAAGGAUCUGUUGCGUGUCAAAGGAAACACUCAUUGAUUCUGCCUAAUGUGCUUCUUGUAGUAACUUUACAAAAUAGAGUGAAUUAAAUAGCGUUUAAAUGUGAAAUCAUUGAUAACUUAUUAGCUGAAAAUACUCUGUGGGCACUCCAAAUAUCCCACAAUAAUAUGUUUCUUGAAUAUCUCUACUUUAUCAGAGGGAGAUAUCACUACAGUCAAACUAAAGCAUAAUAUGUAAUAUUAAAGAGAAUUCAUAGCAUAACAUGAACUCUAGUUAAGUUGUACAUUUGUUUUUUAACAUGGUCAAUGCUAAAUGUUCCAAGUCCAGUAGGACCACCGAUAUACCCCAUAAAAAAAAAAAAGACUCAGUUGAGGUGCAAGUAAUACUUCUUAUUUUAUAUUUAAAAAAUGGCAACAUUUCAGCCACAUUUAGUUGCGACUGCAAAGGUGACACUUAAAUCCUUAAAUCGACUUGUUAAAUGUUUACAAGUCAAUUUGGCAUUAACACACCUCUCUUGAUUAAAUGAAUAGAUCCUUUAACAACUGUUAAAAUGAUCUCUUGAAGUCAAUAUAACUUAUCCAGCAUUUGAUAAAUUGAGGUGGUUUACGCUGGUGGCAUUGAAUGUGAAUUAGGAAUCUUACACAUAUUUAAUGCACUUCUCUCAUGUAGCAUUUUAUUUCUUAUUAACAGGAUCAGGAUAACUGGAUUCGUGACCACUGUAUGCAAAUCGGGGAUGCUUAUCUAAUAGUUUAUUCCAUCACCGAUAGAGCAAGUUUUGAGAAAGCUUCUGAACUCCGCAUUCAGCUCAGAAGAGCACGCCAGACUGAAGACAUUCCGAUCAUACUUGUGGGAAACAAAAGUGACUUGGUCCGGUGCCGAGAAGUCUCUGUAUCAGGUAUGUAGACUGCAAGUAUAAAAUACAUUGUUUCUAAAAAGCACACCAAUUGUUUUAGAAAACCUCAGCAUGUUAAUGGUUGAAUAAAAAUAAAAACGUGCAUUGAUUUGUGCUAGAUAGAAAUGCAUUUUCUAUCUAUAGUUUCAUAUAUUUUCGUAGGGUGAAUUUUUUUCCCAACUCUACCUCACCUACUGAAGAAUAGGGCAAGGCCAUUAGGUUUUGGGUUAGAAUAGCAGAAAUGCAAUAUUUUUUUUUAAUAUUUUGCUUACAGAAGUCAGAAUGUCUUAAUCCAAAAACAUUUUAUUAUUUUAAAAAUGUCUUAAACAGUGAUUCUUAAAUAGUUUUUAAAUGAACUUUAAGUCAUUAUUACUGCAGAUACGUGGUCCCCAAUCCAGUCCUCAAUGACCACCAACAGUCCAGGAUUGAUGUAUUUACCAUUUUUAUUCAAAUGGAGAUACUAACGAGACCUUGACUCUUGGCAGUCCAUGAGGAAUGGGUUGGGGACCAUGGCCUAUAUCAUUAAAUAUACCAGAGUCCAAUUGCCCAAACUAGCAUGCCCUUCACCAAUAUUCCUGAACGGUAUAUGUACUAUGGAUCCAAUACUGAUUAUCUUUUUUAUUGUGAACACUAAGGGGGUGUUAUGACCCAUCAAUAAUGCAGAUUUUGCUUUCUUAUUCUAGAAGGGAGAGCAUGUGCUGUGGUGUUUGACUGCAAGUUCAUUGAGACAUCAGCAGCCGUCCAACACAAUGUGAAGGAACUAUUUGAGGGAAUUGUACGGCAGGUACGUUUAAGGAGGGACAGCAAGGAGAAGAAUGAAAAGAGGCAGGCAUUCCAGAAAAGAAGAGAAAGCAUCCCAAAGAAAGCCAGAAGAUUCUGGGGGAAAAUUGUAGCCAAGAAGAACAAAAACAUGGCUUUCAAGCUAAAGUCCAAGUCUUGCCAUGACCUUUCCGUACUAUAAAUAUCCUGGAUUUGCAAAAACCCACAAAAUGUGUUCUUUUGAUGGACAUCAUUUGGCUAUUAUUUUGGACAAUAAGCAAUCUAUAUUAGAUUGGAUAAUGCUACAAUUUACUUGUGUCUUCCACAGCAAUGAUGAAGAUUUACCAUCACAGUUAGUUAAAAUGGACAUAAAACCUAUUUGACAUUGAUAUUUAUAUCCAUGAACAAGUCUACUGGUCUUUUGCACCAGUGUGCCUAAUUUUCACUACGUUUUUAUUAUUUUUUUUUAUUACCUUGUUUUUCAUUGAAUUGUUUGUUUAUUUGAAAGCUUAGAUUGUGAUAAAACAAAUGGUGACCAGCAUAUUGCGUCCACUGUGUUUGCCGAUGUGUACACAAAUUGUAGCUCUCUAAUUCAAUAUGUUUUCUUCCUGCUUGGAAGACAAUGUUUUUAUUGCCAUAUUGGUGCAAAAGAAAACAGGGGGAACACUACCGCCAUUUAGUCCCCUCCCCCCCCUUUUAUAAGGCCUAUGUAUUCAUGGAGGAAAUUGUAGAAUAUUCUAUCAAAGGUCUUGUUCAAUCUAAAGAAUGUAUUGCAAGUCAAAAAGGAACAGUUUGUUGAAUUCUAAGUUACCUAAGGUUUUGAAAGAAGGUGCUAUCUAAAUUCUAAAUCUUCCAGUUGCUAAAGAUACUGUUUUGAGUUCCAAAAAUAAAUACACUGCUAUAUAAUAAUAUUUAUAUAGAACUAUCUUUGGCAUUAUUGAAUUACUACCAACAAGUAUUAUUUUCUUAUACUACUAGGGCACUUUAAUUUCCCAAAUGUUCCUGAAUAUGAUGCAAGAUCAUAAGAAUCAGACAUGAUUUACUGCUAACCAUAGACCUGUACCGGACCAUGGUUAUACCGACUACAGUGCUUGUAGUAGAACAAUUUGUGGUGAUCUUGCAUCAUGAGCUAGUGAUAUGUAUCCUAAGUGUAUGUGGGGGUCUAGGAUGGAUAAUAUGGAGAGUUUCUGCCCUAAUUGCCCUUACGUUUAUUGUCAUGGACAAAAUAGAUGUAUAUUACACAAGUGCCUUAUUACAUUGGUUUAACUUUUUUUUUAGUGAGGGAUGGCCAAUGCAUUGCUUUGCCACUGUCAGAAGAAUAUGAGAAACUGAAAAGUGUGAGAAAAAUCUAAAUUUGUAGAAUUAAAUAGUAGAAUGGACCAUCUGGGUUUAUUGACUACUGAACAACCAAAUUGUAACUUUCUGGCACUCGAGAAAUUAAAUGGGGACUUGAAUGGUUUUAAGUUGUCUAAUCGAUUGCAGAGGUACGAUUCUAGUUUGGAUUGUUACAAAGCAUUUCUAGCUACAAAUGUAACCAUUCACCAAUAAGAGUAGCGUUUCCAAUUUACAGGUUUUAGAGGUUUUUAUCUAUCAAUAUCAGUAACUAUUAUUUUUAACAUCUUAAACAUGGCAGCUUGGAUUUUUUAAAAAAUUGGAUUGUUUUAUUAAUCAAAAUAUACUGAAAACUAAAUGAAGUAAUUGCUAAAGGUUUUAUCAAUGGUAAUCAGCCUCUGCAACUUAAAGGAAUUGAGAGUCAUUUGGUUUAUAUGUUAAGAACAGUUUAGGAGCUACCCUAAAGACAGCGCAAUCACCAUGGAAAUUACUACAUUAUUCCUGCUGAUUGGUCAACUGUUGAUAAUUGCUCAGGGCUACUAUUUAUAUAUAAACCCCGCAGACCACGAUAGAUUGACUCUUAUGAGUUACGUGUACCUGCUAAUUACUAAGUGUACUCCUUUGUAACUCAUUUAAAGUUCCUGUGAUGGAUGUUAUCUUCCAGUGAAUAUGUAGAAUACCGCAGUCUUUUCUCUUAUAUGUCAAGGCAUUUAUAGUAUUGCUAUGAUGAUUAUAAAAGCAUAUGCAUUGGGAUAGUUUGAACAUUUAAUAGGAAAGAGUAUCACAAAGACAUUCUGUCAUGCUGAGGGUCUCUUAGUAGAUUAACUUUGUCGAUGUGUACCCUGUACCCAUGUAUAGGGUUAGGAUAUCUUAAAUUGCACAGAUUUAAAAAAAGAAAAAUUAGAUUACAUUACUAAGAAAUAUGUUUUGGUCUCAUGUAUGUAUCUUGUCUGGGGAACUGUCAAUGGUCUUCCAUAAUAGAGAUGGACAACCUUUGUUUCAUCUUGAAAUAUUACUCAUUGUCGUGUUUAAUUUAAUCAAUGGUAAAAUAAUCAGGAAAAAAACAACAAGAAAUCCAAAAAAUAAAAGAAAGGUGGGGGAAGUUCAGAUUAUUUUGGUGCAUUAUAGAAAAGAAGUGAAAUAAUUGGUGGUGCAGCACCUGCAGUCUCAUUGCUUAAUUUCCCACCAAUUAGAAGUUAAAUGACUUUGUUUAUGCAGCCCUAGUCACACCUCCCUGCAUGUGACUUACACAGCCUUCCUAAACACUUCCUGUAAAGUGAGAUAUAAUGUUUACACUUCCUUUAUUGUGCAGUCUGUUAAAUUUAAAAUGUAUUUUAUCCUGCUUUUGUAAUAGCCUUCUAGACCCUGCAGGACCCUCCUGUGUGUGACUAAAGCUAAAUUUACAGGGCAGGAGAUAAACAUUUCUAAAGCAAAUUAACAGCGGAUUGAAAAUUAAACAAUUUUUUAAUGCAGGUUGUGUGAGUCACAUCCAGGGGAGGUGUGGCUAGUACUGCAUAAACAGAAACAAAAGUGAUUUAAUUCCUAAAUGGCAGAGAAUUAGGCAGUAAAACUGCAGUGGCAUAAUCUAUACACUAAAAUAGCUUCAAUAAAAUAAAGUUGUUUUAGUGCAUAUAGUGUAUCUCUAAAGGACCACUAUAGUGCCAGGAAAACAUACUAGUUGUGCUGGAUGGAGAGGAAGGGGUUAAACACUUACCUUUCUCCAGCGCCAGGCUCCCUCGGUGCUGGGGACUCUCCUCCUCCUUUCCCCGUCAUUGGCUGAAUGUGCAUGCGCGGCAAGAGUCGCGCGCGCAUUCAGCCAGUCUCAUAGGAAAGCAUUCUUAAUGAAACAUCAAUGAAACAGCCGCUAGAGGCUGGAUUAACCCAUUUGUAAACAUAGCAGUUUCUCUGAAACUACUAUGUUUACAGCAGAAAGGGUUAAUCCUAGAGGGACCUGGCACCCAGACCACUUCAUUAAGAUGAAGUGGUCUGGGUGCCUAUAGUGGUCCUUUAAUGACAAGGGUUAUGGUUAACAGUAGGCCCUUUAAAAAUGGCUUGUUGAGCAACAUAGGAAAUACAACCCAAACAAGUAGCAGUGAGAAGUUAACCAUGGCUCUUAGAAAUAUAAAAGUCUACAAUAAAUAUUUAGUGCUUGGAUAUGUCUGCCCAUUUGAAGAAAAAAAAGAGGAACAUAUGCUUUUUGCUAUAAUGCUUGUCAUUGGAGAGUACAUGAUAUAUGUAUUUAUUGUUAUAUAGUUAUCUAU